GAUUCUACUUCUUGAAGAGCAGUUUUUGGUAUAUGCUGACUUUGCAAAACAAAGCUGUGCUGCUCAGAUGACUGAUGAUGAUGACACAAGAGCUGGGGCCAGUAGUUAUUAACAACUAUGGAUAGAACCGUUAGACCCAACCUACUUGUAAAGAAUACCUUGGCCAAAGCAUUAUAUGACAACAAAGCUGAGUGUCCGGAUGAGCUCGCCUUCCGCAGAGGAGACAUCUUGAUGGUUCUUGAACAGAAUCUUCUUGGGAGUGAGGGGUGGUGGAAAUGUUCCCUCCAUGGAAAGCAAGGCAUGGCUCCAGCAAAUCGCCUCCAGCUUCUCACUCCUUUGCUGGCUUCAUCCACCCAACAUGAUGUUGAAGGACUACCAGCCAGCCCACAGACUAUCUACCAGGUUCCUUCAGCACACAGGUCCUCUGCAUCAUUACCUGUCUAUGAAAAAAUGGAUGGUUGGAUUACCCCUCCUUCACCUUCUUCCUCUGCUUCUCGCCCACUGACACAAGAAUUAUACCAAGUGCCGGCUUUGGCAGCCAAAGUGCUCAGUGAAAAGACUCAGAGUUCAUCAAAUCAGGUAAAAAUGCAAGAAAAUACUCAAAGGGAAAGGAAUAAUGAGCAACAGAUAGGGUUUUCUGUUGGUUUGCCCCCACUCCCUUCCCUUGGUUCCACCUCUCCACUACUUGCUGCCGGUGCUGGGGACACGAUCCGGGCACUGGCACGAGGCCAGUGCCCUGGCUGGCCAGUGCGGCAGCGGCUCUUGCCAGGCUCCUCUUCGCGCGGCGGCCGGCCAGCGGAGCAGCAAGGACAUGAGCCCUGCCCAAAGGGGAAAGGAAGGCCCCAAGUUACCAUGCUUGGCGUGGCCGACGAGGGCACACGUGUCGUGGGGCUGCAGGAGGGUCUUGCCACUCCACCUUCUUCCAGAAAGGGCUCCAAACCAUUUCCCUCCACAGAAUGUUGCCUGGGAAAGGCACAGCAGCUUUAUGAUAUCCCACUGAGUCUUGAAAGGACACAAACGCGCACGUGGCAAGAAUCUUCACUGGACAAUGUAUAUGUCAUUCCCAUAGCAGCUUCUACAGAAGUUGUCACUGGUUCUCAAGGAAAUCAUUUGGGACAUUAUAAUACUUUGCCAAACCUUCGGAAAUCAGAGUGGGUCUAUGAUAUACCUGUGUCACCGGAGAAAGCAAAAUCAAAACAUAAUUCUCAGAAUCAUUCCCCAAGCAGACAUGUGCUUUAUGAUAUACCACCAGCUAGAUCUGAAUCAGGUAUGCAGAAAAUCCCACCAGCAAUCAAUGAAGGCAAAUCGGUGAAUCCAGAAGCAUAUGAUGUUCCACCUAUACAAAGGAGAUUAACUUUUCCUGCAAUUCCUCUUUAUGAUAUACCAUCCACACAUGAUGCUUUAGUGCAGCAUCAAAAUGGUAACUAUGACAUCCCUUCAGCUGCUCUUUCCUCUAGGAUCGAUAAGGAGAACCACCAACAGACUGUCUAUGAUAUUCCAAAGGGAAUGCCUAUUGCUUUGCCACAGAAAAAAGAAAAUGCACAUGGUGAUAGAUCUGAAGACAACACAUACACUUUCCCUCUGCUGUUGUCCACAGAUAGCAGAUUAGAUCAAGACAGAUUAUCUGUUUCAAGUGUAGACAGUAGAGCCAGCACCAUAUCAACACUGUCAAGUUCUUCUACUGAGUCCUUUUCAUCAUCUUCAACUCCCUCAUCAUCUUCAGAAGAGUCCACUAAAGAAAGAACCAUGGAACUUGAACUGGCCAUAGAAACUUUGACUAAACUUCAGCAUAGUGUAUCAAGCUCAGUGGCAAGUCUCAUGAUCUUUGUGAGCAGCAGGUGGCGAUACCAAGAGCAUCUAGAGGGAAACAUUGAGGAAAUCCACCGAGCAAUUGAUCACAUAAAGGUCUCUUUGGGAGAAUUCUUGGACUUUGCUUGCACUAUUGAAGGAAAUACCAUUUCAGGCUGCGACAGUAAACUUCAGGCAAGAAUUAAAAAGCAGCUGAAUAUCCUCACAGACUCAUUUCAGAUACUGGUAAAAACUAGGGAUGCAUUGAAUGAUUGCAAAUGGUCACUCGAUGUUCUAGUAAUUAAGAAACCUCAGAAUAACCCAGACGAUCUAGAUCGGUUUAUUAUGGUGGCCCGUACCCUUCCAGAUGACAUCAAAAGAUUUGUCGCCAUCAUCAUAGCUAAUGGGAAGCUACUUUUCAGGAAGAAUUGUAAAAAUAAAGAUGACAAAGACCAAAGAGCUGGUGGAAAGCAUAAAAUGUCAAAGUACACUCUGGAAUGGCGAGUACAAGAUGAUUCUCUUGAAAAACGUAUUUUGGAUAAGCCAAAGGAAAAUAAACCAUGUUCAGAGAAGUCAAGAGUUGAUAUCACUGAAGACUGUGAUUACAGUCAGAUACAGAAACCAGUAGGAUUGGAACAAGCACAAUUGUCUCUUUCACCUUGCAAGGCAGAGGAGAAGAAUGGCAAGUUAAAAAUAAAGGGUUCACCACCUUCAAUGCAAGAUAGCAAACAGGAUCCAACCACAAAGAUGGUGCUGUCCAAUAUCUGCAGACUGUAUUUUGGUGCUGUUCAGAAGGCAAUUGCUGUUUUCCAUCAAAGCCUUAGCAGAGAUCAGACCCCUGAAGUCUUCAUAGCCAAGAGCAAACUGAUCAUUAUGGUGGGCCAAAAGUUGGUGGAUGCCUUAUGUCAAGAAGCCCUUGAAAAGACCAAUCGCAAUGAGAUCCUGUGUGGUAGCAGCCAGUUUUGUGGCUUGCUGAAGAACUUGGCAGUUGCUACAAAAAAUGCUGCAAUGCAAUACCCAAGCCCUGAAGCUAUGAGAGAACUUCAGGAUCAAGCUGAUGGGCUGUCAAAGUACGCACAGCAAUUCCGAGCAAUGAUGGACUGAAGUAUUUACUUUGUCAGUUUCCCUGAGGAUAGGAUGCACAUAUCUUGGGAGAUUAUGAAGCCCUUCCUCGACAUACAAAUAGGACACAGUACCUUGCAAUCUAAUCCCAUCUCCUAAAUCUUGGGGUCUUGUACUGUAGAAAUAAUGUAGUGUGACACCACAGAGAUUAUCGCAUUCCCUUUUCUCUGAUCUGGGCGCGUGCUAUCACACAGCUCCAUGCCCAGUUACCAUCCUGUCCCUGAUCAGAAUGUCUCCUGUUGAUGAAAAAGAAGCGUUCUUAGCCAGGGAAGAGACCAGAGUGGGAUGGUAAUGAUCUGGGCACAGAACUGUGCGAUAAGACACAGUUCAAGACUGGUCUCAGCCCAUGCCUAGGAUGGGGAAAAGCUGGUAGUGCGAUAAUCUUCUACUUUAAGUGCUGUAGCUCCAUCCUUUUGAAUCCUGGGGUUUGUAGUUUUACAUCUUUAGUUUUCUCUGUCAAAGUCUGCUGAUGCUUCACCAAACUUUAAAUCCCAGGAUUCUGUAGCCAUGGCAGUUGAAGUGCUGUCAAACUGCAUUAUUUCUACAGUGUAGAUGGACCAUAAGGGUCCUUUCACAAUGCAGUGAUUCCCUUAGUCUGAAAGGUCCCCCAGUAUGCACUGGCUCCACUAACUUGCUGUGUUGAGCAGCAGAUCUGAAAGGAGGCUCUAACUGUGAUCACUUAGAUGUGAGUAGAAGUCGCAUGUGAGUAGAUUGGAAGUGGUGCUUUAGUAAGGUCCACAAUGGUGUGAUGAGUUCUGUUCACAAUCAGGCGGAAGUGACAAGUGUCCUUUGGACCUUGCCACUCAAAAUGGCAAGGUCUAAACUGGGGGGGGGGGGGAGGCAGAGGUGGUAGGGAAUUGUGCGAGAGCGUGUGACUCAAUGUAUUUUACAUAUGUUAAUUGAUUCUGUUUGUUCAGAUACAGUGCCUAAACAGUGCUAAAAUGAUCACAGGAUCUGAGUUUAAUUUGUAGAAGUGAUGGACUCUGUUUAUUAGUGCUUUCACCUACACAACGAGGAUAAUUCUACAGUGGUUCCCUACCUUACAAGGAUGUUGUAAGAAUAAAUAUACGCACAUUUGGUAAAAUGUUUUGAGGUUUUUGGGUUAAUCAAAAGAAAGUGAGCAGGUUCAAUACCAGACCUGACCAAACUCCUAAGUCUAUCUUGGUGUAGCCUGACCAUUGGUGGACACUCUGGAAUGGGGCAAAGGUAAUCUUUAACCAGGGUUGACAGUAGUCCAGUGUAUCCCUCUACAUUGCUUUUGGAUUCAAUGACAAUUUAUG